AAAACGUUACCUUAUCUAUCAAAAUAUUACCCAGCUAAAGCUAUGUGUGUGUCACAGAAUAUACAAACUUAUCUUCUUUUGUUAACAGAAGCUUAAGCAGCAAUGGCAGCCUUAAGCUGCCAGUUUCAUUCCAUCAACUACUUGAAUUCUCAGAAGCUCAAAACCAGAACCAAGCAUUCCAUAAUUUCAUGCUCAUCAUCACAGCCUAUGCAAAGCAAUAUAAAGGUUGUGAUAAAUGGAGCAGCCAAGGAAAUAGGAAGAGCUGCAGUAUUAGCUGUGACAAAUGCUAGAGGAAUGGAAGUUGCUGGAGCCAUUGAUACUCACCAUGUUGGAGAAGAUAUUGGACAGGUUUGUGGAAUGGAAGAGCCCCUUGAAAUACCUAUACUAAAUGACCUUACUAUGGUUUUGGGCUCUAUAUCUCAGUCCAAGGCCACAGCAGUUGUAGUUGAUUUCACCGACCCUUCCACAGUAUAUGACAAUGUAAAACAGGCAACAGCAUUCGGCAUGAAAAGCGUCAUUUACGUACCACGAAUCAAAUCAGAUACGGUGGCAGCAUUAUCUGCAUUCUGUGACAAAGCCAGCAUGGGUGUUUUGGUUGCUCCAACUCUUUCCAUAGGAUCAAUAUUAUUACAGCAGGCUGCAAUUUCAGCUUCUUUCCAUUACCGCAACAUCGAAAUCGUGGAAUCCAAGUCUAAUGCAAAUGAUCUUCCAUCAGCAGAUGCAAACCAAAUUGCGAACAAUCUCUCGAACCUCGGUCAAAUCUAUAACAGAGAAGAUUCCUCAACAGAUGUUUUGGCAAGGGGUCAAGUUUUGGGAGAUGGAAUUCGUGUGCAUAGUUUGGUCUUACCAGGGCUUCCUUCUAGUACAACAGUUCACUUUUCUGGCCUAGGAGAGAUUUACACCAUCAAGCAUGAUAUUACAGAUGUACAAUGUCUCAUGCCAGGGUUGCUUUUAGCCAUUAGAAAAGUAGUGAGAAUCAAGAAUUUGGUAUAUGGCUUGGAGAAGUUUUUGUGACUAUGUUGUUCAUUUUUCUUGCCAAAAUCUGUUGGCAUGGUUAGAAUCAAGGGACUUUCCUGACUAGCCUAUUGACAAAUAUCAUAGAGAAAGUUUGGUUGUAAUAUAUUAAAAAAAGAACCUCAAAGUUUGCAUUCUAGAGGAUAUCAUUUGAUUCAGUUAUUUUGUAAGGACUCUAUUGAUUUCUCUUUUCAUAAUGAAGAAUGUUUUUUUUUAUUAA